AUGGACUCGAAACCUAGUUCUAGAUCUAUCCCAAAACACCAUCAGAAGACGGCUGGAAUUCAAACCCUUGAGGCAAAAGACAUCGGGUCUUCAGGGAAUUCAGCCUCCCUGAAGACAGGGAAAACUGAGCCGGCAGCUCCGGAAGAUUUAUCAAAAUCUGUCGGGAACGUGUCCAAGCAGAAUACUGUGGAAACUGUAGAAAACAAGAAGUUAGGAGUUUCAAUCCAAAAGGGGUCUGCUGAUUCCUCGAGCAAUAAAACUAGUUCUGGUGCUUCUUCAUCUGUUCUUGACAAGCCAGAUCGAGUUGUUAAUGAGAACAUAGGCUCACAGGAAAGCUCUAUUGAUCAAGACAAAAAGACAUCAGAAUAUGGAAGUGUGAAGAACAGUUCUGUUUCUGCCAAAGUUAGUGAUGGGGCUAGCAGUCUUGCAAAAACAAGUGGAAGUGCCAAGAUCAGUGAUAGAGCUGAUUUUGUCGAGAGUGGUAAGAGCAGUAUUUACAGAGGAAGCACAAGCAGUGAUGUGAGUGAUGAGAGUACUUGUAGUAGCUUUAGUAGCAGUAUAAAUAAACCUCACAAGGCAAAUGACUUGAGAUGGGAAGCUAUUCAAGCAGUGCGAAGUAGAGACGGGGUGUUGGGUUUAGGUCACUUUAGACUACUGAAGAGGCUGGGUUGUGGGGAUAUAGGCAGUGUUUACCUCUCUGAGUUGAGUGGAACUAAAUGUUACUUUGCAAUGAAGGUAAUGGACAAAGGGUCCCUAGCGAGUCGGAAAAAGCUACUUCGAGCUCAGACAGAACGAGAAAUCCUGCAGUCUCUCGACCACCCUUUUCUCCCAACUUUGUACACCCAUUUUGAGACCGAGAAAUUCUCAUGUUUGGUAAUGGAAUUCUGCCCAGGUGGUGACCUCCAUACUCUUCGGCAGAAGCAACCAGGGAAGCAUUUUCCUGAGCAGGCAGUAAAAUUUUAUGUGGCAGAGGUCCUUCUGGCUUUGGAGUACCUCCACAUGCUUGGGAUUGUCUAUCGUGACCUUAAGCCAGAAAAUGUCCUUGUCAGGGACGACGGACAUAUUAUGCUCUCAGACUUUGAUCUUUCCCUCCGAUGUGCUGUCAGUCCGACUCUUGUCAAAACCUCCUCCAUGGAUUCGGAGCCUUUAAGAAAGAAUCCUGUUUACUGUGUCCAACCUGCAUGUAUUGAGCCACCUUCCUGCAUCCAACCAUCCUGUGUUGCCCCUACGACAUGCUUUUCACCCCGCCUCUUCUCUAGCAAAUCAAAGAAAGACAGGAAGCCCAAAACUGAAAUUGGCAACCAAGUGAGUCCAUUACCCGAGCUGAUAGCAGAGCCCACCGAUGCUCGGUCCAUGUCUUUUGUUGGUACUCAUGAAUACUUGGCACCUGAGAUCAUUAAGGGUGAAGGUCAUGGGAGUGCAGUUGAUUGGUGGACUUUUGGGAUCUUUCUGUAUGAGCUGUUGUUCGGUAAAACUCCCUUCAAGGGAUCUGGUAACCGAGCCACGCUGUUUAACGUUGUGGGUCAACCACUGCGAUUUCCAGAAGCACCUGUUGUCAGUUUUGCAGCAAGAGAUCUUAUAAGGGGGUUGCUUGUGAAGGAACCUCAGCACAGAUUGGCAUACAAAAGAGGGGCAACUGAGAUCAAGCAACACCCCUUUUUUGAAGGUGUGAAUUGGGCAUUGAUCAGAUGUGCUACCCCACCUGAGAUCCCAAAGGCUGUUGAGUUUGAGAAGAUACCCUCCCCAGCCUCAUCAGGUGCUGGUGAAAAGGCUGUUAACCAUAUGUCAAUAGCUAAUCAGAAAGGUUCUGAUAAUUAUCUGGAGUUUGAUUUCUUCUAG